AUGGAAGCUGCAUCUAUCAUGACUAUUCCUCUGGCUAAUUCUGGUGACAAAGGCAACAUUAUUGAUAAGUUUGCUGAUCGUGGGUUGCGUUCUUUGGGUGUUGCAAGACAGGUAGUUCCAGGAAAAUCAAAAGACAAUGCAGGUAGUCCAUGGCAAUUUGCUCGACUGUUGCCGCUCUUUGAUCCUCCAAGGCAUGAUAGUGCUGAAGCCAUCCGAAGAGCUCUAAAUCUUGGUGUAAAUGUCAAGAUGAUAACAAGUGAUCAACUCGCUAUUGUCAAGGAGACUAGACGAAGACUUGGAAUGGGAACAAACAUGUAUCCAUCUGCCACUUUACUUGGUCAAGAUAAGGAUUCAAGCAUUGCUUCCCUUCCUGUUGAAGAAUUGAUUGAGAAAGUCGAUGGUUUUGUUGGAGUCUUCCCUCACAAGUAUGAAAUUGUGAAGAAGCUGCAAGAAAGGAAGCACAUAUGCGGAAUGACAUGUGCUGGUGUUAAUGAUGCACCAGCUCUCAAAAAGGCAGAUAUCGAUAUUGCGGUUGUUGAUGCCACUGAUGCAGCCAGUAGCGCUUUCGACAUUGUGCUGACUGAACCAGGUUUAAGUGUCAUCAUCAGUGCGAUGUUAACCAGAGCUAUUUUCCAGAGGAUGAAGAACUACACAAUAUAUGCAGUCUCUAUCACUAUUCGGAUUUUUGGCUUCAUGCUUAUUGCUUUAAAAUGGAGGUUGGACUUUGCUCCCUUCAUGGUUUUGAUCAUUGCAAUCUUUAAUGACGGAACAAUUAUGACAAUCUCAAAGGACAGAGUGAAACCAAUUGUGACAAUUAGCAUUUAA